AACUUUAUUUCACUAGUGAGGAAACGUCAAUGUCAAACAUUGAGGUUAUGAAAUUACAAACUUUUGUUUAAUUUAAAUUUUACUCAAAUUAACUAAAUGAUGAAAUAACAAUUUACUCAAUGAAGCUACUACUGUCACAGAAGCUUAUUAGUUUUUUUGUACCUAAAAGGUUAAAGAAUUGUGUUACGAAGAUGAAAGUGUUUACGCAGAAGAAGAACCCUCUGACGGGGACUACGGAGUGGGAUGUGCAGGACGAGGAUUACGAUUUCCAUCAAGAAAUAGCACGAUCUGGUUUCGCUGAUAUGUUGCAUGAUACUGAACGAAACAAAAAAUAUUACAGAGCCCUACAACUUGCUAUCGAUAAAAUGCACAAUAAGGGAAAGAAAGCUAAUGUUUUGGAUAUUGGCACUGGAACUGGUCUCCUUUCAAUAAUGGCUGCUCGAUCCGGUGCUGACUCCAUAGUUGCUUGUGAAGCAUUCAAACCGAUGGCUGAAUGCUGUGCUAAGAUCUUACAAAUUAAUGGAGUUGCAGAUAAAAUCACAUUGAUACCUAAAAGGUCCACGGAACUCACUGUGGGGGAGGAAGGGGAUAUGAAGGAGAAAGCUAAUAUUUUGGUUACAGAAGUGUUUGAUACUGAGUUGAUAGGAGAAGGGGCUCUAUCAACAUUCUCACAUGCUCACAAAUGCCUGCUAGAAGAAGACUGUAUAGUAGUACCAGACUCAGCAGUCAUAUAUGCACAAGUGGUGGAAUGCCCAACUCUAUGGAAAUGGAACAAACUUAAUGAUUUAGCUGAUGCUGACUUAGAUAUUAUUUUAAGAACUCCAGAUAAGAUGAUGGAAUGCCCCGGCUCAGCAGCAGUUCACGACAUCCAGCUCUCCCAGUUACCACGAAACAUGUUUCGUGAGCUUUCUGACCAGAUCCCUGUCUUCUACUACGACUGGUCCGGCAAAACGCCCAUUGCAAUGAAACGGACGGUGAAGCAAGACUUUACUGUGUCCACAACCGGAAGGGCUCAAGUCGUGUUUAUGUGGUGGGAGCUUAAUAUGGACACGGAAGGUAAGAUUCCUCUAAGCUGUGCACCUUGGUGGUGUCACCCUGACGCCGAUACUGCAGCCGAAAGACCGCAGGACACGAUACCCUGGCGAGACCAUUGGAUGCAAGCGGUCUACUACCUUCCUGACGGCAUGACAAUACAAAAAGGCACGGAAGUCACCCUCGUGUCCUGCCAAGACGAAUACUCACUCUGGUUCUAUGUAGAAGACGAAUCUCGCAAAAGACCGAACUACCGAAGACCUAACUGCGAGUGUGGUGUUCAUAUGGCAUUAUCCAGAACCCAUGUUUCCUACUUAAACGAUGGUAAACGAAGCAAAAAGUUUUUAGAACAAUUAAAACAGGAGAUCAAUGACACUUCAGUAGUUCUUGACUUCAAUGGAAGCAGUCUAAUGGGACUUGCGGCUGCGAAACUUGGCGCAAAGACCGUGUACAUACAAGAGAGCAUGAAUCUAAAUCUAGACAUCUUAAGAGAGUAUAUUGCGACGAAUGAUUUAAAAAACAUAAAUUUUAUAUCUGAAGUUACUGUAGAGGUUUUAAAUGAAGUGACCAAUGUUAUUAGUGAUCCUAACUUUUCGAGCGCCAUACUUCCUUGGGAUAACUUAAAGUUGGCGUAUCUCUUGUAUAAGUAUAAGGGUGAUUUGGGGAACUGUCUGUCGGUGAUACCUCACAAGUGCGAGGUGUGGGCCAUGCCGGUGGAGUUUCAAGAUUUGCAUAAGAUCAGGAUACCUUUGGGCAGGUGCGAGGGUAUCGAUAUGGCGGUCUUCGAUGGAUUAGUUGAGAAUUCUCGAACAAUAAGUGACGCAGAGAUCGAAGCUCAACCGUUAUGGGAGUAUCCGUGCAAGAGUCGCGGCGAGCCCGUCAAACUGUUGGAGAUGGACUUUAUGGAGCUGCAGCAAACGUACGCACGCGAUGACGUCAUUGAUGUGCCUAAAACAGAAUCAGUAGAACAGGAACUGGUGAAUGGUUUCGCGCUGUGGGUGGUAUGGGAUGUCGGCGUUAAGCAGAGCUCGGGUCCGGUGCAGGCCCCAGUCGUGGGGCAGAGAGUGGACUGGGACCCGCACACUAGGCAGGCUGUUAAAAUACUUAAAAAGUCGUUUGAAGCAAGUGAUUCGUUCAAGUGGCGUUACCAAGCGGUAUGCGACCUCGCCAAGGGACAAUUCAACGUUGACAUAGACUUAGUACUUGAAUAAUGCAAUUUAUACUUAUUUAUUAUAUUAUACAGCUGUCAA